AGCUAUGAACGUCAUCAUCAAUCGAAAGCAUCGAAGAGCCAUUUUGGUUUUGUGUGAGUUUAUUAUCGGAUAGAUUUUUGGAAUGUAUCAUUAGAAAUUUCUAGAUUAUUUACAUUUAAUUAAGGAACUUAAUUCACAUUUAUAAUGUCGGCUCAAGAGCAAAUGAGACAAAUGUUAGAUCAAUUAAUGGGAACAGGAAGAGAUGGGAGGAAAUGGUACAAACCUGUCUCUAAAGCGAGACUAAUGUCAAAGAAGAAAAACAGGAUGAGACAACUUCUAUAGACUGAUCGCAGACAAAUACUAAAGAAACCAUUCUUUUCCCUGACUGUGGGGGAGUGUAAUUGUUUACAAAAGCUGUUAUCGUGAGAAUAAUCGUUUUAAAGUGCACUUCACCGAUCCUCGUGUAUGUAAAAGUUUUCUUCUUGGAUGUUGUCCACAUGAUAUACUGGCUGCAACACGUAUGGAUUUAGGUGAAUGUCCAAGAAUUCAUGAUUUGGCGUUGAGGGCUGAUUAUGAAUCUGCCUCAAAAAAGAAAGAUUAUUAUUAUGAUGUUGAUGCAAUGGAGCAUCUUCAGAACUUUAUAAAUGAAUGUGACCGUCGCACUGAACAAGCAAAACGGAGAUUAGCUGAAACUCAAGAAGAACUUAGUUCAGAAGUGACUCUUAAGCUGAAUCGUGUUCACGAAUUAGCAGAACAAAUUGGAAAGAAGUUAGCUGAAGCAGAGAAACAAGGUGCAGAAGGUAAUGUGGAAGAAUCACUGAAAUUGAUGGAAGAAGUCGAAGAAUAUCGGAAACAAAAAGCUACCGCUGAGCAAGAUUAUAGAAAUUCAAUGCCAGCAUCUAGUUACCAACAACAAAAGUUAAGAGUGUGUGAAGUGUGUUCAGCUUAUUUGGGAAUUCAUGAUAAUGACAGACGUCUAGCAGAUCAUUUUGGAGGAAAACUUCAUCUUGGAUUUAUUACUAUUCGUGAGAGACUUGAUGAUUUAAAAAAAUCUGUGAAUGAAAGACGUCAGAAAGCAAGAACUGAAAGAGAUAGAGAAUUUGAUAAAGAAGAGAGAGACUGGAGAAAUAAAUGGCCACCCGUAAGCAGAAGUCGUAGCCGCAGCAGAAGCCAAAGUCGACGUCACAGAUCUCGAUCUCGUUCCCAAGAACGUCGUCACUAUCGUUCUCGUUCUAGAUCACAUUCUCCACGUUCUCGUCAUUCUAGUUCUCACCGUUCACGUUCCAGAGAUCGAAAAAGGAGAAACCAUAGCAGAGAUAGAAGUCGGGAAAGAAAGCAUCAUAGAUCAUCAGAAAGGUAUAAAAGAAGACAUUCCAGAGAUAAAGAGAGAUCAUCUGAAAGCUGAAAAUUUUCUUACCGGAAAUUCGAAUUUGCAGUAAUUAGGAAUUUCCAAGAACAUGCCAAAGGAAACGAAUGGGUUAUCAUAUUAAACACAACGACGAAGAUUGAAAAAAAA